GUCAGACAGCUCCAACCUCCAGGGACACCUCGCAACGGGCCCAACGAGUGACAACGACAGCCGUCACAAUGCUCUUGCUUGACUACCAGAACGUUCUCAUUGAGUCUGUUCUCAAGGAACGAUUCGCACAAGAUGCCCCUCCCGCUUCCAUUGACCAGACUGUUUCCGACUUCGACGGCGUAACUUUCCACAUCUCGACCCCCGAAACGAAGACAAAGAUCCUGCUGUCAAUUCAAAUAAGAUGCUUCCGAGACUUAGUCCAGCACGGCGCUGAACAAGUCCUCCAGCGCGAAUACGGCGACUACGUGACCAGCACCGAACCAGGCUAUGAUUUCUCCGUUCUGAUCGAUGUGGAGGGGAUCACGGGCGAGAAGGAGGAACGCGAUGCAUUGGCACUCAAGUUUGCCCUGCUGAAGCGCAAUGCUAUGGCUGCGCCGUUUGAGGCUGCGUACCAGGAAUACUACCAGCUCAAGGAGGAGGCUUCGAAAUUCACUUCCGAGGAGGCUCCCAAGGGCGUUCUGGAAGGAGGGCAGGUCAAGGCGAUCCACUACCGUGAGGAGGAAGCCAUUUACGUCAAGGCGAGCCACGACCGAGUCACGGUGAUUUUCAGCACCAUCUUCCGCGAAGAAACCGACAGAGUAUUUGGAAAGGUCUUCAUCCAGGAGUUUGUGGACGCAAGGCGGAGGGCUAUCCAGAAUGCGCCGCAGGUGCUGUUCAGGAACGACCCACCUCUGGAACUACAAGGUGUGCCUGGGAUCAAGACGACAGACGGGGAGAAGGUUGGCUACGUCACAUUUGUGCUCUUCCCUCGCCAUCUGACGCCUCAGCGUAUGGAAGAUGUGAUCUCGCACAUCCAGACAUUCCGCGAUUACUUCCAUUACCACAUCAAGGCCUCGAAAGCAUACAUCCACUCCCGAAUGCGCAAGCGCACAGCCGACUUCCUUCAAGUGCUGCGCCGCGCCCGGCCCGAGAACGAAGAAAAAGAGAGGAAGACGGCCAGUGGAAGGACAUUCAAGGUCCAGGGCAGUUGAGUGCCAGCUCUUGCUACAGCUGCGACAGGUGCACUCGGCUUGGGCGUAGGCCCAGGGCCAUCAGUGGAGCUGCCUGGUAUUCACAUAAAUUUAAGCGUAUAAAUACACAUUUGACUCACCUAC